ACACUUUUAAGAAUGUAAAAAUCCAAGUAAGAAAAACAUGACAGAGCCUCACAAUAUGGAGCAGAGAUUGUACCUGGAUCCCUUGUAAUAUCAGAAUGAAUAAAAGGGUUUUUAACAAUGAGACAGCAACCCAACAACAUAGUUAAACCAAAAAGAUAACUAUUUUCUGAUCAGAGGAACUUUGGUUUAUGCAACAAACUCUGUUGUACAUGUAGUAACAUGACAGUUCACCAAAUUAAUUGUUGUUUUGGAAAUUACUACAGAGCAAGUGGGAUUCAUUUAUUAUUUCCAGUUUUUCAUUAAGGCACAACAAAGAAAGGACAAAAAAAAAAUUACUGUGAAAUGACCCAUGUGAUAAAGAAGAACAAAAAACAGAUUAAGAAUUGGAGAAAUAAGACAAAUGACUGAAAAAGGAGACAAAGUCAAGAGAAAUGAAAUAAAAGACAAGGAUAAAAAAAAAACAAUUAAGACAAGGAAGAAGGUAGCAAGACAACAGAAAGAAGGAAUAGACUAGAAGAUGGAUAAAGAUGAAAGAUAAAUGAAACCUGAGUAAGAAGAUUCACGGAUGAACGAGGGGAAAAAUGCUUAAAUUGGAAUUUGAAGCAGAUGAAUUGAUGAAAAUGAUCUUCAAAUUAUGUAGAUGGAAAAUUUGUGAAAAUUGUGUGAAGUUCAAUCAAAUUGUGGAUUAAAUCCAUUCUUUCAGUUAAGGAAACAGAAUUGUCAGAGUAUUUUUUAAAAAGAAUGUUCCACAUAGAUUGUCCACGUUUCCGUGGAUUUAUGUCAUGGGAUGAAUUAGGAUGUCUUGCAAGAGCUGUUGGGUUUCCAACGGAUUUAUUUAAGUCUAACUUAACAAAGCAUGUUACAGCAGAGGAUCAUGGAAUGAAUGUAGAGCAAGUACACAAAAUGUUAGACUUGAGAUUGCUACAGAAAUCCAUUCACAGAACAAGAAACCUCCACACAGGAGAGUGGAAUACCAAAGUUAUUAGGAAAGCUCUGUUCCUUAUGGACCAUCAUGCUCUUACGUUUGAAGAAAUAUAUAAUAUGAGAAUAGCAUACAAAGCAUUUGAAGGCGAGGAUAUGAGGGGUAUGCCGUUAGAGGAACGUAUGAUGCUGGGAGCUCUUAAGAUGUGUGGGAGAAGUAUAGCACCACUAAAGAUGAUGCACAGGAUCAAACAUAUGUCGGUACAUUUUGAGGAGCCAGAUCGGAUGCAGUUGUUUGAAUUUCUAGAUCUUGUAUUAUGGGCUGAUUUGUAUGAAGAAUUCACGUUUGAUAGCAUGGAAAAAGCAGAAGGAAAAGAAGGAGAUCUGUUCAAGUUGGUAGAUUUUGAGCGUCUAUUAUCCCAUCAUGAUAAGAAGUUAGAAGACAGACUUAACAAUGAGUACCUCGCAGAAGAAUGGGACUUUGGACAAGAAAAGCUUGAUGUGUCAAGGUUCAGAGAACCUCCAGUCGUCUGUGGAGACUCAAGAAUUGAGCUGGCCAGAGAUCAGAAAUUAAAAUACAGAUAUUUAAAAUCAGAACUGAUCAAUUCACAUCGGAAACUGUAUCGAGCCAAAGCAGGAUAUAUAAGAGAUCGUCCAGUGACUGCACCAGACCUGUCAAUGUACGAGGAGCAGGAAGCACCACCCCCUCAACCAGAGUUUACUGCUCAGACAGCAUAUGAAAUUGUUAAUCGUAAAGUCAAAAGUGCAAAUGCAGCAAUAGGUAUAGGAAUUUUAGGAAAUAGAAAACCUAAAGGAAGAACUCAACCAGACUUGUCAGAUAAGCCUUAUAUUCCCUCUCCACAAAAAGUUUGGACUGCCAAAGCUGUGAGUGCUGCUGAAUUAGAGGAAACACAGAAGAACUACGACAAACUCAAAUUUGAUAUGGAAACUGUGCAAGGGAGAUAUGAAUAUCAUAAAGAAAAAGAGAUAGAAUAUUUCUUCCCAGGACAACUGGAAAGGCUAACUAAACAACAAGAAGAAAAAGAAGAUGGUGAAGUUUCAGAGAUGAAGAAAGUAUCUAGUCAGUCAUCAAAGCCAAAGAUUACACAAAAGGAGGUGAAUCGGUUAGCAUACCCGCCAAACAGAAUUCCUCCAACACAUGCUAAAUUAUGUGAUGCAAGGUUGAAACAGAAACUUUUAAAAUUAGCAGAGAGAUUCAGAGGUUGGCAUAAUAUCAAACAUAAAAAAGGAAGCCAUUUUGUUUUGGUUGCACCAUCUUUCGAAAACUCCUAUCAUGGUAGAUUGCAUAAAAAACUUGUAGAAAGAACAAAUGCACCAGUAAAAAAGGUCAAAGGAGACUUUGUACAUCGUUUUACCAAAAAGACAGAAGUUCAGAAACAUAUUAACCAAGACAUGCGUCCAUUCACAGCACCAGGAAAUCUUCAGCCAGGUGGAACUGACAUUGAAGCUGUCACUAAUAUGAUAACAGAGAGUCCUGCAGAUUCUUGUAAAACUGUGGAUACUGGAUAUGGAAGUAUGGAGGACAAACUUGGCAGUGGGUCUUCUGCCGAAAGUUUGGUAAAGUCACCAGAUCUCCAGACAGUUAAGUCUUUGGAUGACAAGUCUCAAAACUUUGAGCUGAAAACGAGUUGUCCUAAACCGUUUGAGUCACAAAAAGUUGUAGAGAAAAACUCUAAAAAGGAGGCAACAUUAAUAAAUGGUUCUGAAGCGUCCCCUGAAAGGGCUAUAGAAAAAAGUAUGUCAGUCGGUUCUGUUGAUAAGGAAAUGUUUUCAAGAGAAAAGUCAUUAAAUGGCACUUCCAAACUUGACACUUUACAGCAGAGUUCUCACCAAAAGCGUAAUGAGAGUCCUAGAAAUAAUUCUAGUUUUAAAAACAAUCAUACCGGGAAUAUAAAUGGACACAACAAAUAUAUUCAGAACUUAACAGGUGAAAAUACAUCUAUGGCUUUUAAAACUGAAAAUGACAAAACUGUGUGCGAAAAAUCUUUUCAGGAAACAGAUUUGAAUGAUAAAAUUGACAAUUUUAAGAAAACUUUGAAUAAAAAUAAAUUAGAGAAAAGGCUAACACAUUCUCAGAGGCAAAUUGUGAAAUCCCCACCUGCUUUAGAAUUUACAUUUACGUCAGUAUUAAAUGAAUCCGAUGAACUAGACUUUAAACCUGUUGAAGUGAAAACUAGUAAAAGUGCUUGGUUUGAAGAUGGUAUACCUAGUUCUGGUAUAAUGAGUCCCAGAAAUCCUGAGAUGUAUACAAAACCAAAAAAGGAAAUUAUUGACAUUGAAAAUUUACCUGUUCCUCAUCUAGAACAUAGCAAACCGAAAACUGUAUCAGUUGGUGCAAUUGGAAAAAUUUCCCUCCUUGAGAGUAUAACAGAGUCUCGAUUCUGGGAAGAUGUUGUGGAAGAAUCCUACAGAUCAAAGAAAAGUGAUGAAGUAUUUUUUAAGGAUGACUUAAAUGUUAAUCUGAAGGAAAAAGAAUUGGCUGACUUGAAAGAGGAGGACUUUGAUGAUGAUGUUUCAAAUGAUAGUGGAAUUGGUGGAUUAAAUAAAAAUUGUAAACCUAAAAAUGUGACCAAAAAGAAAAGCAAAAAUGAUAAUGUUGAUGAUAAACUUCAGAGAGCAAAAAUUGAAAGAUUAAAGCGACAAAAACGAGUUUUAAAAGGAUCAAGUUUUGAGAAAAUGGGAAUAACGGUUAGGAGUAGCAGAUCAAGCCAAACCAGUACAUCUUCUGAAAACUCUAACAAAGAACUGGAUUCCAAAACUAAAGAUCAAAUAUUACUUAAAAAAACUUCUUCCCAUUUAAAAACAAACAAUAAAAAUGACAAAACUAAUGAACAGAAAAAUGUAACAAUAGAGAUUUCAAAGUCUGAAAAACAAAACAAAAGCAAUAAGAUUGAGGAGAAACAGAGGAAAUUUAGUGCUAGUAUGAAAAGACUUGUAAAACGAAUGGAUGAUUCUUUGUCUAAUGAUUUAAGAAGCAAAAUGUUGUCUACUCAUCUUUCAUAAGAAAUGAUUUAUCUACAUUGUUACUUUUUCUCUUGGGAACAUAAUACUGAAAAGUGUUGUGGUUUUUUUUUUGACAGCUGAGCAAUGUUUUUAUUUUUUUGAUUAAUAUACUUUUGGAUUUUUUAGAACAUUUAGUUUUAAUUUUCAAUCAGGAUUAAUAUUUUUCAUGUUUUAUACUAUCUUGUAUGUAGAUAGUACAAUUUAAGGAGAGUUGAAGUGGGCAAGAUUAUAUUGAAUUUUGAAUUUCUUUUAUCGAAAAAGAAAAGAGUCAGAAGUAAUUACCAUGGGGACACUCAAAACUCUUAAGUGGAAUAGAACUGACAAAAUUGGUUUCUUUUUACAAAAAAAUGUAAAUAUUUAAUUUAAAGCUCUUUGUACUUUAAACUUUUUCACUUUUUUAGCUUUGUAAGGUUUAGCUUGCAAAAUUCAUUCAGUUAAGUAUGCCAAUUUGAUGACAUUCCACAUAUGAUAAGCUUUUCAUAAGGCUAUAAGUGUGGAAGGUAUUUUUUUUUUAUAUAUUUUUAGUGUUGAUUUUCAAUGAAAUUGCUAGGAAUUUUAAAAUAAAAUAUAAAUGUAAAAUAAAAACAUAAUGUAAAUAAAAAUCUUUUAGAAGAAGGGGAUGUGGAUAUAAAAUCAGAUUUUAUGAGACCUUAUAAGACAUAUUCUUUUCAUUGAAGUUAUUGACCAGUUAUUGUACAGUAAAAAUAUAGUUCAUUCAAUUAAGAUUUUACAAAAAUAUAUAAAAUUUGCUAUAAUGUCUCAAAACUAUCUCUGGCAACAAUGUUUAAUAAUAAAUAACAUGAUGUUACUGAUAUAUGUUAAGUCAUUGAGAAAUCUUUUAAUCAUUAUAUGUUAUUUAAUAUUUACAUCUACUGUCUUCAGUAUUGAAAUUCUAGUAGGUUUCAACAACUUUCUGAUCCUGUGAAUAAAACAACUGCAGGAGAAAUUGACCCUACCUCUUUGGGGAUUGAUACAGAUGUACACACCAAAGAUUAGAUUACGUGUAUUCACUGGUCUUAGCUGGGUUAACUAGAUUUAAAAAAAUAUAUAUUUAUUGUAAAUACUUAUGUACUAUUUAUUGCAUCAUUGGUGCUAUUUUCUGUUUUCAAACGAAUAAAAUUGUAGAAACUGAA